AUAUUUGCCAUGAAUGUUAUGCUUUUAAAGGCUAUUUCUUUCUUAGUGCCCUCUCUGUCUCUCUCUUUAAAUGUACUGAGCAAUUUCUAAUAUACUGUAGCAGAUAUAACCAAUAAUUAUGACUUUAGGUAUUAUUUUUAAUGACAUUUGCUUGCUUGCUUUAUAAUUUGUUAUAUGUGUGUGUGUCAGGUUUAGCAUGACUGUGGGAACUAUUGAAGAAAUUCAUAGUUUGCAACAUUUAUGAUGUUACCAUCAAGGUAUGCAAUCUGAAUUUUCUAUAAAGGUUAUUUGGAGUUUGCAGCCCCAUUGAUUAAAUUCCGCCUCGGACUUUACUAGUGGGCAGAUUCCCGCGCUUCACUCUUACGUCACUCCACGAGCAGACCUGAGCUAAAUACGGAUACCGAUGGGAUCUAAGUGGAAUAACAUCUAUAAUCAGAUGCGACUUUUAACUUACCACACGUGGCUGUAGUGUACACAUCUACGCGGUGAUGUAACACGGAAACAUUUAGUCAUCCUCUCCUCCAUGUAGUUGUUUAUAGACAGCACCAUGCCAUUGGAGGAGGGACCACAAUCCUCUGCUAAAAAUGCAGAGAGGCGUCCAGCUGACAUGUCCGGCAGGACUAGUAGAGGAGAAGAGCCUGUUGCUGGUCCUUCCAGCUCCCAAAGACAGGGUUACUGCAGCUGCUGUCAAGUUCUGUACAAUAGUGUGGAACAGCACAUCUUGAGUGCCCAACAUAGAGAAGUUGUACGAGCUGCUAGAGCUAAUGUUUCUUCUGGAAGUAUGUUAGAGAGAUUCCUCCAGGAUGUGCUUCAGCAUCAUCCUCAUCAAUACAGUGAUACACGGUAUUCUACCCACAUUAGAUUUCUUAUAACCAAUAGGGAUAAAGAGGGGAGCGACUCCAUUACAGCUUCCCGGGCCCCACCAGCUGCAAAGUGCAUUACCUCGAAGGACCAGCCUGCAACCUUUCAAUCAGUGGCUGAAGAGUCCACAAUGUGGAUUUCAGCACUGCCACCUUGGAAAGGCCCCCAUAGGGAACAGACAUUCAGUCAUCUAUCUGACCAGAUUCGAGAUGUGAUAGAGGAGGUUAUUGAAAAAUACUGUUAUGUCGAUCAGCGGGAGGAUGAUGGUAGCUUCAUUCUGAGUCCUCAGUCUAUGAGUGAAUCCAAAGGCAGUGAAGAAUGGGACAAUGCAAUACAGAUGGCUCUGGGAAAGGCAAAGGGUGAAGAAAAAAAUUUAGCCGAGUUACUGGAAGUGCAUAUAAACCUUGAAGACCAAGGAUACCAGACUCAGCUGGACACAGCCCUAAACACUGUGGGAACACCUGAGGAAAACAAGGAGAGUUCUGCUGAUAAGGUGUUUCUCGAUCUUCCCCACAUACCACAGUCUUUUGUUGGCAAAACAUUGACACAGGUGAUGUUUGAAGAUGACAUGAAGAUAGACUCCAUAGUGAAAGAGUUCCAACAAGGCCAAUUCCGUUGCUAUUUUGACAGUGAAUCAUUAGCUAGGUUUGGGAAGCACAUUAAGAAAAGGAGAAAGAAAAAGAAUCAGGACAAAAAAGAGAAGGCAGAUAAUGCUGGGUGGGAGCCUACAGACAUCUUGCCACUCAUGGAUCAAAAUGAAGAAGACCCCAAACAUUCCGCUAUUUUGUUGAAGAAAUCUAGGCAUAAAAUUUACAGACUUGCAUCACGUUGCCAAGUGGUAAAGGUAAGCCACAGUACACAGACCAUCCCUCUUAGUUGCCCUGUGGUGCGGCGAAAAUCAUCACAAGAAACAUUCCCCUCCACACACAGUGAAGAGCCCCAGCAAUGCCCUAGCCCUGAAAGGACCCCUGACAUGAAGACCAGACUCUGUGCUUUGAAGCUUCCAGCUUCUUACUGCAAGAUAAUGAGUCCUCUACAGCCCAAAACUGUGGUCUUUGUGCUUUCUUCCCCAGAUGGGGGUCAAGGAUUCUCCAAGCCCACCCCUAUUAAAAAAGCAGGGAGGAAACGGAAGCCAUGUGAUAGCGAUGUUGGCCUGAAGUACAAAUACAAAAAGACACCUCUUAAGUUCUACGACCCUUUGACCAAUAGGAUCUUAAAGAGUCCACCAAAAGGCAUGUCUUUAUCCUGUAAUUCCAAAUCUCUUUCACAUGUCCGACAGCUAUUCCGUAGCCUUAGUCCGGAUAUUAAUAAGAAGAGGCAGGGCCUGGAGCUGGGGCAGUCAUCAGGAGGUUCUCGGAAGGGCCGUGGUAGGAGCAGCAUGGUUGAUCUGUGUACCUCCACCUCAGACUCUAUUCUGGAUAGCGGUGGCCCCUCAGAACCUGGUUCUUCUUUGUCUAGCAGCCAAAGAGCCUUAUUCACCCGCUCCUCUAUCUCAAGUAGCACUUGUUUCCUCCUCGGACAUCUCACGCCAUCUACCCAUGUGGAUGAUUCUUCCAAAGCACUUUCUCACUCUUGUGCGGGUAGUUCCUAUAAGGUUGGAGGACUGGAACAAGAGGAACACCGCCAACAAACACCAGUUGACCAAACACCAAUCAGACGUAGCUCACGGAGGGCUGGACCUUUGACUCCAGCCAGGCGACCACCAGUACCCCCUUACAGGACCAAGAGGAAGUCACCCAAACCACAGCGCAAAGCAAAAUCACAAGGCAAUCUCCAGCAAACUGUUAGCUCCCGUAUAUCUGCAGAAUGUAGGACAUCUCCCAGAAACAAGAGCCUUGCUAGGACCUCACUCAGAUCAUCGGCUUCCUCUAAACUGGCAAUUCAGCCGGUUAUUACAUCCUCUUCUAAACAAAUAAAUAGAAUGCUCAGUGCCAGUCAGCAGAAGAGAGUGAGGGGGAGGACGGCCACUGUGCAUAUAGCAGACUGAACGUUAUCAGACACCAGCCAUGAGCAUAAGCUGUCUUCUGUUCUUCAAAUGCUGUAUAGUUUUGCACAGUUGAAUUUCAGCUGACUGUUUCUAGUUGAAGUUCUUUUUUGUCUGUAUAUGUUUGUUUAUUUGUCAAAUGCAUUUUUUUUUACUUGUAAUGAGUAUAUUUUUUAAGUUUAUAAUGGGUAUUUAUCUCAUAGGUUGAUGGUUGUAAAUUAAAUUUAUAAUGAAUAGUUUUGUCCUUGAUAAUACAUCAAGAGCAUGUUUUUCACAAUGGGUUUUGGCACUCUAUUAAAUUGUCUUUAAAAAAUAGCAAACCAACAAAUGCAAAAAAUGCUUAAGUCAGCAAUACACAGCCUACACAAAGAGCAAAUGUGCUCUUUGGGAAUCAGCCAUUCAUUCUCUCUCACAAACACACAAUACAAAUGCCUUAAUAGGCUUUUUACACUAUGUAGUUUAAGUGUGGAUUAAUGUUUGCUCCCACUGCAGAGAUAAAGGUAAAUCUUUUUAUGUGCAUAUAUUAUUGCACUAACACUUUGCCUAAUGGUUGUUGAGAUCAACGCAUUUAAGAAG